ACCGUCAAAGUUUGUGUGUGGUACGUGCAAGACGACAGUGAAUUCUGCUUGGUCACUUGUACAACAUGUGCAAAGCAUUCAUGGCAUGAAGAUUUAUUUACCAGCAUCAGAGCUUUCUGUACAACUUUCCAAUCUAUCAACUCCAUCUCCUAAGGCACCAUCAGACCAUGUGAUGACUCCUCCGACUCCAAACACUGCUGAUGCAUUGCCACACCCUCCUCAUCCCUUCAUGUUCCGCAUGCCAUUUGAUCGUCAACACCAACUGCCACCAGGUCCAGCGCUCAGUCCGUUUAACCGUCCUCCAACGGGUCCGGAUUUUCGCUUGGACCUGUUAAAUGAUCCGUUUCAUUCAAGGUCUGUCCAGGGCCUUUCUAAUAUUUCAUCAGCAUUUGAUGUACCGCCGCCAUUUCCGGCCCCCUUCAGUGACCGACCGCGGAUCAUGGAAACAAUAGACUUUUACUCACAGCGUCUUCGACAAUUGGCAUCAACACAGACACCCCCUUUACGAAAACCUACACCCCCAUUUUCACAGACUCCUUCAACAUUUACAUCGAUAACACCAACACCAUCGCAUUCUCAAGAUUCUUUACCAAAGAAUUUAAGCCCUGCAAGUAAAUUAAAAUCUUGUGAGUUUUGUGGGAAAUGUUUCCGAUUUCAAAGUAAUCUAAUCGUACAUCGAAGAUCUCACACAGGAGAGAAGCCAUUUAAAUGUCCCAUAUGUCCACAUGCAUGCACACAAGCUAGUAAACUAAAACGGCAUAUGAAAACUCACUUAAACAAGUCACCCCUCAGUAGUAUGUCUCAGACUUCAAACAUAUCUAAUGCCUCCGAAGGCAGUGUGCCAUCCAGUAGCAGCACACCCGACUCAAACAAACAUAUGAUAAAACAUAACGAUUCUAAUAUUGACUUAGACAACGAAGAGGAAAACGAAGAGGAGGAAGAGGAAGAGCUUGAAGAGGAGUUAGAGGAGGAUGACGAUCUUGAAGGGAUGGAGACCGUUCACAAUGGGUCUCCCGAUCCUUUGGAUUGUCAUGUAAGUAAAAAUAGAGACGACCACUCUUCUCAGGAGCGCAGGACUCCGAACGAGAGGUCGAAGGAUUUGAGCCACAUGCCCGGCGCUGGAGAGAAGUCUUUGCUGAGUGAGGUGAUGGAAAACACAGGUCUCAAUAACAUUCAGCAAUAUAACGAGGCGUUCCAGCAGGCGUUGGCUGAGAACAUCCACAACAAGGAUAGCACAAAGGUUGAAGAAGAUGGUUCGGAGGGCACCGAGAACGGUGAUAGAGACAUAAAGUCUGAAGACACAGAUGUGUCGUACACUAGUCAGGAAAAACCUGAACCUCUAGAUUGCAGUGAAUCGCCCUACACAAAACGAAUUAAGACUGAACCACUGGAAAUAGUAAAUAGUAUGGAAUCUAUAUAUUCUAAUAUGUGGUUACCUAGUAGUCACCACCAAGAGUAUUUUUUAUCUGGUCUAUCUGCAAGGCUUAGCGACCCUAAUCACAACAGUUUCAAUUCUCCAUCAGAAAGUGCCUUGAAGCCAAAUCUGACUUCGCACCCUAAAGCCGGCCCUAGUUCUAAUAGUACCCCCAGUAAUGGUGGGCCAAUAUCAAAUCGGAAAGACCGGCGGAAUGAUACCUGUGAAUUUUGUGGGAAAGUUUUCAAGAACUGCAGCAAUUUAACGGUGCACCGAAGAAGUCAUACUGGUGAGAAGCCAUAUAAGUGUGAGUUGUGCAGCUAUGCGUGCGCACAGUCGAGUAAGCUGACUAGACACAUGAAGACGCACGGCCGUAUCGGGAAGGACGUGUACAGGUGUAAGUUCUGUAGCAUGCCCUUCUCCGUGCCGAGUACUUUGGAGAAACAUAUGCGCAAGUGUGUCGAGAACCGGCAAGUACGAGCAGUUCAGGAGACUGACACAGAUACAAACAGCACUACGACAUCUACAUUAUAGUUUUUUUUUCUUCUGUUUUUUUUUUUUUCUCUUUUUUUUUUUUCUCCAAAAUGACUACUUGAUGUUCAAACAUUUAUUAUUAUAAAAA